ACCAGCAAUGUACACAUCUUCAGCUUUAAGGAGGAGGUGUGUUACGAACUCGUACAGGAUGGGACGUGCCAACUUCAGUAGCGCUUCAGCCCUCGAGCUGAGCGGAUGACUGGGGUGCAGAGGCGAUUUUUUUCCAGAAACUUUCAGAUAUGAAAUACGCGUCGGUCCCUACAGACUAGCGAAGGUGUUCUAAUAAAGUUGAGUGUAGUGAAGUUUUUGACUGGUGACAAAAUCAUAAUAUUAUUAUAAACAUAUUUUACAAGUGGUGAAUAUGGAUGACAGUUUUGUUCAAAUUUCCGUGGGGACCGCGAGGAGGCGUUUCCUGGUAUAGGGCGCCUGCUCUGCGGGUAGGAUGCGGCGGCAUGCACCGCAUCUUGCUGCUAAUGGCGGCGGUACUCACCAGGGCCAUCGCACCACCUAACGCCACAGAAUCUGACACGGAUCCCACAACUACUGCAACAAAAGCCACCAUGACUCCUCCGACUAUGUUCCGGAGUGGCGUGAGACUGCCCACGUCGAAGCCUAGGCGUCAGCAAAUGAAGCAAGGGAAAGCGGACUCGCCCAUGCUAAACUACAUCUUUGACUCGUAUGCGACGAACAACAAGCACUUUCAUGACAAAUUCCGCGCCCCGUCGUUUGAAGGCGACGUGACGUCAGAUGAUACACUAGAUGCCGAUACGGGUGCGACUGUCGUAUUCGAUUGUCGCGUAACCGCUCUAAGAGAUAAAAGGGUUUCGUGGCUGCGAGUUUCUGAUGAUGAAAACUUGGAGCUGCUUACACUAGACUUAGACACGCAUACUGCAGAUCCAAGGUACAGAGUGGAUCUCGCUGGAGACAACUGGAAGCUGGCUCUAUCUGACGCAAAAGUGCAAGACUCUGGGACCUACUGCUGCCACGUGUCCACACACCCGCCGAUGUUGAGGCGAGUGCGCCUGACUGUUCAUCCACCAGAAAUCACCAUGAGCAAAGAGGCUUUCCUAGAGACGGGAGAGACACUCUCCCUCAAAUGCGCCGUAUUGCAUCUCCACUCCCGCGAGGCAGCUCCCACGCUGCAGUGGUACAGGGGCAACAGCACGAUCCCACUUGAUGAAAUAAGGGGGGGAGUGCUGGUCGAGACCGACCAUCUAACUAUGACUAGUCAUUUACAGGUGGCAAGGUUGAAAGUCGACGACGCUGGCAACUACACCUGCUCGCUACAUUACCCCCUUCGCAUGAAAGCAGUUGCUAGAGUACAUGUUCUACAAGGUUCCAGCUUGGCCGAGCUACAAAGCGGCGUGAAGACUAAAUCCAGCUACACGAGCCUAUUAUUAUCGAUGCUGCUUGUACUUGUCAUGCGCUACGAAGACAGGUGACCUACUUGGACAGCUUAGUUCGCUAGUGAUCGGUUCUGUGUUCUCGAUUCGAGUUCUAUUGCUAAUUACAAUAUUGUACGACGGUGCGUUUUAGUUUUAAUGUAGUAAUGGAAAUUAUUUUGUUCCAAAUUUGUAUCAAAUUUAACUUGAGUACAGUCAUGAGGCUGGGAAUUGAAAAUAUAAAUCUUACUCCGCGACCGUGACCUUUCUUAGCCGCUAAACUUCGUAACGCUUACUUUAAUUAUUCAAACAGGUUCUUGAAACUUGAAACUUGCGAUGAUUUGGAGCGAGCUAAAUUAUAGUCCUCGAAUUCAUGUUCUUGUGAAAAUAAAAAUAAAAUUGUGUUGCAAAAUUUGAGGAUACGUUUAGAAAUAAAUUUUCAAAUGAGUUUCAUGAGGUUUCACGUUUUCUAGUUGGUUUAAUAAGUCUACAGAAAACGCAAUAUAAGAUUUUUAACUAACCAGAUAACUUGAGUUAUUUAUUUAUUCUACGGCAAAAUUAUUCGCCCAAAUCGGUACUAGACGAACAUCCUGCUGCUUACUUCAUCAUCAAUACAUGUUAUAAUUUCCUUGAAUUGAUUAAAGAAUGCUAGUUUUGUAAAAUGUUAUAUUGAAUUUGAGCCGAAUUUUACGAAACAAUGAAAGUAAACCUUUAUAUAACUUAUAUGUCUUUGAUUGACAUUGUAAUUAGUUUUAUUGAUUUUAUUAUACUCAUUUAAUAUUAUUUGCUUUUCAAGUCAAAAAUAGCAUUCCUAGAAAUGUAAACGAUUAUGUUAUUCUCAUGGCUUCAUGAAUGAUGAAAUAAACUGUUAGGUAAAUAUUUCAUUCUUUGUCUUUUGAAGAUGUUAUUUUAAGUCAGCGUUUGUGAAAGUGAAUGUAUUAAGAUCUUCAAUUGGAGCAGAAAUACCGUCCGAGGGUCUCGUAUAUUAAACAUUAAGGACCAUUAGUGAGAGUGUACAUAAUGUACAGUAUCAAAUAUUACACAAAUAUACAUACAAGUAUAAAUAUUCGUUAAGUAGUCGACGUUACGAUUUCAUUUCAUAAAUAUAAAUCUCAAGACGCAAAAUAAAAUGGUGAAUAUUAUGAAUACAAAGCACUUUUCUUUUAUGUACGAAAUGACUAAGCCGCACGAUAGUUAAAUGUAAAAAUAAGUUCAUAAUAUUAAUAAUGUUCGUAACGUCGAUAUAAAUCUAUCCGUCAUUUUUUUAAAGUUGGUGUACUCUGCCUGUUGUUUAUAGUGUUAAACAUAUCAUAGAUACCUACGUAUAUAUUAAAAAUAUCUUGACUUCAUAUCAUUCAAUGCACUCUAUAAUAAUAAAUGUAAACUUAUUAAUUUUGUAAAGAAAUUUUUAAUAUAGUCUAAACGAUUUAUUUAUCUAAACUGGGCUAUUAUUUGUUAAAAUUAAUUUUACAGCACAUUGAUUAUAAAUAUCAUAACCAUGCCAAAGAAUAUUUGUAAGAAAUUUUAACAUAGUGGAACAAAUAUAUAACAUUAAAAUGUAUACUGACUCAACUGUCAAAUUGCACAUCACUUGUAUUUAAGUAUAAUUUAAUUUUGAACUUAUCACAUUACUAUGAUCUCGUUUUCAUCUACAUAAACAGUUAUGCCAUUAGGAGUUGCAGGCGUUCAUAGGCUACGGUGAAUGCUACGGUUAAUACAUUGAAGAAUGUAGAAUUUUUAAACUGUAAAAAAUAUUAGAUGAAAACGAUCCCUUUUUAAUCGCACGGAACAAAGUUUUAUCGUCUAUUUUUACUAACUCAUUCAUACGUUAUACUGUUUAUACAAUGAUUAUGUAUUUACUUAGUACAUAGUACUAAAGUCCAUAUUGUAGUAACUUUUAGUAUAAUAUACAUAUUUAUUGCCUAAUGGCAUUGAAAUUGCAAAAUGUUUUUGUGUUAACUCUUAAUCUAGUUAUUCUAUUGAUGUGUUUACUUAUCAAAGUCUUCAAAGUGAAAUAAUAAUUAUAUUCAUAUUAUGUAUUGUAAACAAAGUUUAUAUAAAUAAUAUGGAUCGGUGCUUUGGUUGACUGUUGAUUUAGCAUAAAAUAAAUAGUGGAUAAAAUUAUAAUUAUUAGACGUAUUAUAUUGUAAUAAU